AACGCAGUCAGAAACGUUCUAUGUUACCUAUCUCGUCUACCGACACCAGAAAAACAACACCCUAAGCGGCAUUUUCGAAAAUAAAUUACCCACAAACAAGUCCACGUGUUUUUCACAUGUGUGUAAACAGCCGGAGUGCACCUCAGGAAGUAGCCUCAGCUACCAACAGCAAAUAGUUCCUUUGUAUACACUUGGUUAUUUCUACAAAUUACACAACAUUUCCUAAUCAGGGGUACAAAAAUUAAGAGAAAAGAAGAAGAGGAAAUGAGAAAAAUCGCGCAAGGAAAAAAAAAAAUUUCUUUAACUAUAUGGAACUACAAUUGACUAACUUCGUUUUGAUUGGACAAUUACCGGUGUGAUACCUUGAAAGGCUGACACGCAGCUCAGGACGAAAGAACAGGGAGGCCAUGUUGGAUUUUAAGUAAAGUUCUCGUGUGAUCCCGCCAUCAGAAAUGCAUCCCCGGCGCAGUGCUCAGGAAGUCCUACUGUGUGACCUCUGUGAAGCUGUCCCCCUACAGAGUCAUUGUGAACUUUGUAAUAUAAACUUAUGCAAGGCCUGUGUUGGGGAGCACCUCUCAGAUACCUCCAAAGAUCACAAAGUCGUGCCCUUUUUACGCAGAAAGGCUACCCCUAACUACCCAAAAUGUCCGAAACACGCAGAUAAACACUGCGAACUUCACUGCGAGGAAUGCAACAUUCCUGUCUGUUCUACCUGCAUCUCCUCAGGUAAACACAAAGGUCACGAUAUGUCAGAUAUUCUGAAAAAACUCAGCGCUAACACAGAAAGUUUACAAAAAGAUCUUAAAGAAUUAGAGACCAGAAUUUAUCCCCAGUAUGAAAUAAUGGUGUCUAAUGUCGAAACUGAGAAAGCCGAAUUAGAAAGGAAUUACGGGAAACUGACGACAGAUGCCGAUGAACAAGGAGAAAUCCUACACCGGGAGAUUACCGCCAUUGUCAACCAGCGGAAAUCCGCCAUUACGGAGAUGAAAACUAAACAUCUGGACGCGCUAAAGAAAAACACAGAUGAAAUCACACAGAAAAUGGCGGAACUCAAACAGAUCAUGUCCGACCUGAAAUCAAUGCUAAAAUCAAACGACAUCUCCUUAACCUCUACUUACAAAUCUAGGAAUUCCGAAUUUAGAACAUUACCGCCUAAAGUCCGAGUCACAUUACCCAGUUUCUCUCCUCAGAAAAUAAACAAAGAUCAGCUCAAUGAAAUGUUCGGUUCUCUGUCGCCAUUAUCCAUUAACACAGAACAUGGCGACACAAUGAAGUCAGCAGAAGCUGUAUCGUCUCCUCCAGUCAAACCACUGCUUGAUGAGCCGCGCGUCACCGCCACCAUAGACACUGGGUAUAACAGACUAUUCAGUGUUAGCUGUCUGAGUGAAGAUCAAGUCUGGACACACGGGGAGAACAACACCAUGAAGCUGCUCAACCUCCAGAGUAAACUACUGACAUCAAUACAAACCAAGUCAGGGAGACUACCACACGACAUAGCAGUGACACGGGACGGAGAUCUUGUUUAUACUGACGAGUAUAAACACACUAUAAACUUAAUUAAGAAUAAACAGAUACAGACCGUGAUCACACUACAGGGGUGGAUACCUCUCCGUGUCUGCUGUACCGCGGGUAACGACCUCCUGGUUACCAUGAUCAGUGAUGAUCUCAAACAAUCCAAAGUCGUACGUUACUCCGGCUCCACAGAGAAACAAAGCAUUCAGUUUGAUGAUCAGGGUCGUCCUCUCUACUCAUCUGGUGGUUUAUAUAACUAUAAAUACCUCAGUGAGAACAAGAACCUGGAUAUCUGUGUGGCUGACCGGUCAGCUAGUGCAGUAGUGGUGGUCAAUCAGUCAGGAAAACUCCGAUUUAGAUACACUGGUCAUCCCUCUAAUACCAAGCAAUCAUUUACUCCAGUCGGCAUCACUACAGACAGCCAGAGUCACAUCCUGACAGCAGACUAUCAGCGUAUCCACAUCCUAGAUCAGGACGGACAGUUCCUCCGUUACAUUCACUGUCAUUUAAAGCUUCCAUUAGGUUUAUGUGUGGACAUCAGAGACAACCUCUUUGUGGCUGAGUGGCUCACUGCUAAAGUGAAGAAAAUCAAAUAUCUAUAAACACAGUGUUAAUUACAUCUACCAACACAGUGUUAAUUACUCAGCUCUACACAGUGUUAAUUACAUCUACCAACACAGUGUUAAUUACAUGUCUAACCACAGAGUAACUUACAGCACAGUGUUAAUUACAUCUGCUUGUUAAUUACAUCUGCUUGUUAAUUACAACCCUGUGUUAAUUACAGGCCUGUGUACAUUACAGUCCUCUGUUUGUGAUGUGUAACAUGUACUUGUGUUUGUGAGUUUAACAGAACAUUAUUUUGUUGUGAAUUAAUUUGUGUUUGAUUUUACAAUGUUUAUAUUAGAUAAACAUGAUACAGAG